CCUCGGCCAUUCCCGUUCACUCGGCUCGGCGCGGCCCGGGAGAAAAAGGGAGGAGGGGUGGGGGGCGAAGAUGUCGGUUUGUGUGUUCCUGCCGCAGGGUGGAUGGCAGAUCUGAUCGGAUGCAAGUCUGCGCCGGAUCCCAUGGCUCUCGCUUUUAUUUUGAUGGCUUUUUAAUCGCGGAGGAGCUGGUGGCUGGAAGUUGCCAUAGUUACCAAGCGGUGCUCGUCAGAUGCUGGUAACUUGAAGCGGCGGUGCGCGAAGAUCUUGAUACAUACGGCCACCUUGGGGGAAAAAAUGGCUGACCUCGUGGCAUUGUGGGAAGUGGCUCUGAGUGACGGUGUCCACAAAAUAGAAUUUGAGCAUGGCACCACCUCAGGAAAGCGAGUGGUGUACGUUGAUGGACAGGAAGUCAUAAGAAGGGACUGGAUGUUCAAGCUUGUUGGGAAGGAAACAUUUGCAGUUGGGGCAACUAAAACAAAAGCAACAAUCAACAUUGAUGCAAUUAGUGGCUUUGCAUAUGAAUACACGUUGGAGAUCAAUGGGAAAAGCCUAAAGAAGUAUUUGGAGAACAGAUCUAAGACUACAAAUACAUGGCUAUUAAAUCUAGAUGGAGUAGAUUCUCGGAUUGUGCUGGAGAAAGACACUAUGGAUGUUUGGUGCAACGGGAAGAAGAUGGAGACAGCGGGAGAAUUUGUUGAAGAUGGCACUGAGACCCACUUUACUAUUGGUAAUCAUGACCUCUGUAUCAAAGCUGUGAGCAGUGGGAAACGAAGAGAAGGAAUCAUCCACACUCUUAUUAUGGAUGACCAGGAAAUCCCAGAAGUUGUUGAAUAACUUCCUGAAUGGCAGCUGUGCAAAAGAACAAAUAUUCUUGAAUAUUUUGGUAUAUCAGUUGUCAUAAUAUCAGACACACAGUGGUAAUGAAGGAAUUCUAUUUCUGAUCAGUUAAGAAAAUUCAUGUUUUGGUGCAUAAUAAGAAGCGAAUAGUUGAUUUCAAGCUACUCUUGCUAUCAAAGCAUUUAAAACAAACAUUUGUAUUGAACGACAAUUCUUUUGUUCCUGUAAUGAGAAGUGAACAAGGUAUCUGUAUGCUUCUGGUAUAGAUGCAAGUUGAAUAAAAAGCCACAGGUACAAAUUAUGAAUUCAAAAAAGAAGCACAUUUGCUUAGAAAUUGGGUUUCGUUUUUAGUUGUGCUAAACUGUCACUGUGCUUCGAGUUUGUUUGGGUCCCCCACAAAAUUUAGUGAAAUUAGCCUAAAAGACUUUUGAAGACUUGGUUUUACUCCCAGGAACAGGCACUGAAAAAAAAGGCAUGAACAAUCUCUGGUGGGACAACAAUCAGCUAAACACAGCUUCUGACAAUUUGCUGCACACCAAUCUAAGCAAGUCGUCAGUCCUUAAAAGGCACAUUUCCCAUGGCAACCAGACAGCAACAGCAUAGACCAUGGCUGCCUUGGGGUGAAAAAGAAUGCCCAUAAUUAGAGAAAGACUCCUGGACUUCUCAUCAGUGAGAUAAAUGCCAGGAGAGAGGUCCUGUGUGCUGGGGACAGGAAACCUGCUUGAGCCAAUAUAAGAGCCUGGCAGCAGGUAGUACAAUUGUCUUCUCCAGGUGUAAAAGCCCCCACCCAGUUGAGCAACACACAAAUAAAUUUGCUGUCCUCACUUUUAAAAAAAAAUCAGGUUGAUCUUCAGUCCAUUAGUGAUGGUUGUAGCAAGCAUAUUAGUAUUGGUUUAUUAUUGUCACUUGUACUGAGCUACAGUGAAAAACUUGUCUCACAUACCAAUCGUACAGGUCAAUUCAUUACACAGUGCAGUUACAUUGAGUUGGUACAGAGUGCAUUAAUGUAGUACAGGUAAAAACAAUAACAGUACAGAGUAAAGUGUCACAGCUACAGAGAAAGUGCAGUGCAAUAAGGUGCAAGGUCACAACAAGGUAGAUCGUGAGGUCAUAGUCCAUCUCAUCAUAUAAGGGAACUGUUCAAUAGUCUUAUCACAGUGGGAUAGAAGCUGUCUUUAAGCCUGGUGGUAUGUGCCCUCAGGCUUGUUUUAUUAUCAAAUAUUAUUACUCGGAUCAGGGAUUCAUUUGAUGAAGGAGAAAAAAGUUAACGUUUCAGGUUGGAUUGGUCUGACAAACAAUCUUCAACCUGAAACAUUUACUCUGUCUCUCUUUCCAUAGAUGCAGCCUGACCUCCCAAGUGUUUCCAGCAUUUUCUGUUUUUUUUUCAGAUUUCCACCUGCUGCGGUUUCUAUAUGAUAUUUAUUCAUGUCAUAUAAUCAGUGAAAUAGACCUGCAAGACAGCAUGUGAGUGUCACCUGGGCUCUCCUGCCUGAUUAUUGAUGUACUAUCAAAAUGUGGAGAGGGUCACUUGAUUUGCUUUGGAGAUUUCGAUUUUGCAUUCUCAUUUCAAGAAAGACUCCCAUCUUGUGCAGAGAAUGCCUGCUUUCUCUGCUUAAUUGGUGGAUAAAGCUAUGUUUGAUGAACCAAGAUGCCCCCCCUAAUAGCCCAGUUCUUCCCCUGCUGCUGCCACUCUGCAGGUCUGCUUCAGGAUCCAGUUUGUUGCAGCUUAUUCUCCAGCAACUGCUGUCUUUGGUUAGCCGGGUUAUGCAGUAUGCAACACGUCACAAUGCAGUCUCCAAUCUUUGGGUGCUACAUGUUGCAGGAUGUUCCUGUACCAAUGCAGGAAAAAAAAUCUCAUUUUUAGAAGACCAGUGGAACAUCACAACGAUUCUGUUACUUACAUGGCUCUCACUGUAUGAAUCUCUGCUUUAGCAUAUCUUGGCCAUUUAGUAAUGGAGCUGAGGCACCUAUUGAAUUGGACAUUACCCAUCAGGAAAUUGGGUUGGACAUUUCCGUGCAACGUGCCUGUUAGUUGUAAAAACGCUUUGUGGACUCUCGAAGGUGUUUGAGCAGCCUGCAGUCAGUUCUGAAGCUAUCUGGUCAAGUGUCCUUCUGAUGUCAGCAGAAUGUUCCUAUGAACAGCAAACUAUGUGAUGUACUCAGAGCUAUACUGAGACUUCCUUGAAGGAUGUAGUUUUCGUCUUCCCACUCCAUUUUAUCUUAGUAUGGAUGGAAAUGGGUUUUGCAUGGAUAGCAAUAUUGUUCAAACCUGGGACUGGAAAAUGGUCAGGUGCACAUACGUGAGUAAUGCAUGGAAAUGUCCAACCCAAUUUCCUGAUGGGCAGUGUUCCACCAGGAGAUAAUCUCUAGAGUGAUCUAUUCUGGGCUAAGUAGAAUUGUCUGUGAUUUGUGGAUAAAAACUGGCACUGAUCAAUCCACUUUCUAGGCUAUUAUGUUUUUAUUUUGACAUUUCUAGUUUCAUUAACUUUUAAUCCUUUAACUGCACGAACUUUCACUAUGUUUUGUCUCAGUAGGCACCAUUCCACACUUGUCUAAUUUAAAAACUAUGAAACUAAAUAAAAUAUCAUUAAUUUUCUAUAUUGCACUAUACACUUCACAUUGAGUAAAAAGCACAGAUAAAAUUAGGUUACCUUUUGUUUAUUGCUUAAGCUUGUGUUUUAAUUGUAAUGUAUGUUCAUAUGGCACAAACAUGGGGCAAGAAAGGAAUUUUACGUAUAACAAAUGGCAUUUAGAGUUUUGAGUUAAUACAUGUCCAAGUUCAGAUCAGGUAUCUUCACUGGUACAGCAAUGAGGCAGGCCAAAUUGGACUCUCUAAAGAGGACUUAAAUAAAUGUUUCAAAAGUUUUUAGGUUAAAAUCUUCUUUGCCAUUUUACACUGAGCAAUAUGGACCCAGGCAUGCAUAUUAUAUUGCUACAGAGGUUUUUACAGAAGACUUUGAUAUGGAUUUCUUUUUAUAUAGACCUUAUUUAAUACAAAUAAAUAAUUUUGCAUUGUAGUUGUCUAUGAUUUUA